AGCGGUUCUCUCAAGCGGCAGUAUAUAUGAGGCCAUUACAAGCUGACCUAGAUGAAUCGCCAUUGUUACAUCACGUGAGUUUCAUAAAGUUUCUAGCAAUACAUUGCACUACACUACACUGCACUCACUGAACUGCACUAUAUUACAAUUGCGCUGUGUAUCUUCUUGAUAGGAUACCAGAAGUGGCCACCCAACUGUAAAUUGUGUUUUUUGUAACAAAUCCUUGGACUUUUCUGAAAUUAAGAUACAUAGGCAGGAAUGCCAGCAAAGAAAUACUGAAGGGCAGUCUUCACUUGGAUGCACACCAUCAUCAAGUUCUGAACCUGGGCAUUCUGUUUUAGAGCAAAUAGAGUCUGAUAGACAGUUUGCUGAACUACUAGCUGAAGAUGAUGGAGAUGAAUUGGAAUUGAUAAAGUGCUGUGGAAUCUCUGACCAAACAGAAGAAUUGAAAUGCUCAUCACUACACGAGGCUCUCAAUAAACUUUCAUUGAAGACUCGACCUGAAACAGAAAAGAACAUUGAGUUUUUUGUUCAGAGAAGAUGCGUUUUGAAAAAUGCCUUUGAAGAUGUCAAAACAUGCAAGAUGAUAACUAGUAAAGUUUCAGUCGAGUUCGUCGGAGAGCCAGCGGUUGACACGGGGGGCCCACGAAAGAAAUGUUCUCGAUUGCUUUUCGCCAAUCUAUUGAUUGCAAGCUCACCAGAGGUGCUUUCCCGUAUAUCACCUUUCUACAUGAUCAGAAUGCACUAGCUAGCGGCUAUUACAAAGCAUUCGGGCAAUUGGUAGCCCUUUCACUUUUGAAUGGAGCUGGCGGCCCACAUCUUUUUUCUUCAUGCUUGGCAAAUUUUAUUCUUGGCAUAGAAAAAAAGUGUAUUGCGGAAGAAGUUAUCAAGGAGAUUCCUGGUGAUCAAGCUGAAAUAGUUACGAAACUACAGAGCCUAAAUGGAUGCACAAACCCAGAUGAUUGGACGAAGGCCUUGUUGAAUUUUGACGAACGCUUUGACAUGGGGAUAAACAGCGCAAAAAUCUUAUUCGGGGAAAAAGAGGAGCUAAUACAAGCUGUUGCUAAACACAUCAUGAUUAGCUCGGCAUUGGAAGAAAUUCAUAGCUUUCAAGAAGGCUUGUCGACAUUUGGUGUCUUAAGUGUCUUGAGAGAACACCCAGAAGAAGCAUUCAAAGAGCUCACAUACAGCCAGCUUUCCGUUGAAGAUGUCAGAAAACCCUUCGUGCCGACAUUCUCGGUCAAAGGAUCGUCCAAGAGGGAAAAAGAAGAACUUGUAAUCUUCAACUUCAACCAAUUUCUGAAAAAGUGCAGCCAGGGAGAAGUUAGUAGAACUGUGCUGAACCUGGAUGGCAUACUUGGUGAACAACUUUUUGAAGAAGAGGCCACGCACAUAUUAACCCUGAACGAUGUUUACCAGUUUGCAACUGGGUUGCGUUACCCACCUCCUGGUGGAUGCAAAGGCACAGUGGAAUUCAUCCAUGGUGCACUACCUGGAACACGUGCCAAAGGAAACACAUGCGCCAAUUCCUUCUGUUUUCCAAUUACUUCCAGAUAUGCUAAUGAAGAUUAUGGUGUCUUUAUAUCCAGUUUGGCUGAUGAUAUCUUGGAAGGACCUGGAUACGGUAUGGUCUGAUCUGCUUUCUAACCAUGACCUUUGACGUAUUAUUGCAAGAACAAACAGUUGAUAUUGUUGUUUCCUUUUAAUGUUUCAUUCGUACAA